GAGGGGGCGGGGCGGCGGCGGCUUAGCCCGCGAAGGCGGCGGCGGCUGGAGCGCUGGAACGGCGGCGGCUGGAGCGGGAUGGAGCGGAGCGCGGCGCCAGAAAGAUCCACCUGAGUGUGCUAGGAAGUUAGAGAGCAGCUGUCUUCUCAAACACUUAAACAGUACGGAUAUUCUGCACUCCUUCUUAAAUGAUUGUGAGCCAUGCCUUUGGUGAAAAGGAACAUUGAACCACGGCAUCUCUGCCGAGGAGCUCUGCCAGAGGGAAUUACAAGUGAACUGGAAUGUGUAACCAAUAGCACCCUUGCUGCUAUCAUACGCCAGCUAAGCAGCUUAAGCAAACAUGCUGAAGACAUAUUUGGUGAACUGUUUAAUGAGGCCAACAGCUUCUACAUCAGAGCAAAUUCCCUCCAAGACAGAAUUGAUCGCCUUGCUGUCAAAGUCACCCAGCUGGAUUCAACAGUGGAAGAGGUAUCCUUACAGGACAUCAACAUGAAAAAAGCAUUCAAGAGCUCCACAGUUCAAGACCAGCAGGUAGUUUCAAAGAACAGUAUCCCAAACCCGGUGGCUGAUAUUUAUAAUCAAAGUGACAAACCGCCACCUCUGAAUAUUCUUUCACCUUAUAGGGAUGAUAAGAAAGAUGGAUUGAAGUUCUAUACGGAUCCUUCCUAUUUUUUUGAUCUUUGGAAAGAAAAAAUGUUGCAAGAUACUGAAGAUAAGCGAAAAGAAAAGAGGAGACAAAAGGAGCAAAAGCGUAUAGAUGGCACCACCCGUGAGGUGAAAAAGGUUAGAAAAGCCAGGAACAGACGCCAGGAGUGGAAUAUGAUGGCAUAUGACAAAGAGCUUAGACCUGACAACAGGUUGUCUCAAAGUGUGUACCAUGGAGCAUCUUCCGAGGGAUCACUGUCCCCAGAUACUAGGUCCCAUGCAUCUGAUGUUACAGAUUAUUCUUAUCCUGCUACUCCGAAUCAUUCCCUGCAUCAGCAGAUAGCAAUGCCUUCCUAUGGAGCAGGAGAUGGUCCACAGUACAUGGCAGCCUCCCAAAGCCAUGAGCAUGAGUACAGACCACCCUCCACCACUGUACGGCACGCCACUUUAAACAGACCUCAGCAGCCCCCUCCACCUCCACCCCAACCUGCAGAUGGCCAGCACAGCUCAGUACCUGUGGUACCAGCAGAAUAUGGGAUGCUGCCAGCUCAGAUGGUGGAUUAUUACAAUCCUACAGGUCCUCCCCCUCCUCCUCCCCCGCCCAUGAUUCCUUCAGCACAAACUGCAUUUGUUAGUCCCCUUCAGCUACCUGUGCCACCUUCCCAUUCCGGACUGGUGACUACAGCUACAUACACAGCUACUCAUCCACCUCCUUCUGGUGGGCUUGUUGUCACUGCUCCUCCUCCUCCUGGCCCCCCUCCUCCCCCUCCAGGCCCUCCUGCUGCAGGUGCAUCCCUCUCUUCCUCCCCCAUGCACGCCCCUCCGGCAUCGGAGGCGAAGCAGGCACCGAUGAGCGAUGCACGGAGCGAUCUUCUGGCUGCCAUCAGGAUGGGGAUUCAGCUGAAGAAGGUGCAGGAGCAGCGUGAGCAGGAGGCGAAGCGCGAGCCCGUUGGCAAUGACGUGGCCACCAUCCUGUCGCGGCGCAUUGCCGUGGAGUACAGCGACUCCGACGACGACUCCGAGUUCGACGAGAACGACUGGUCGGAUUGAGCGUGCUCCAAACCCACUGGCAACUGCAUUAAAGACUUGGCUUCGGUGAUUGCUGUGUUAGCAAGAUGUAAAGCAGGACGUUGACAUGUAUUAAGGCUAGUGAGGGAAGUGCUGAAAUUGAAGCGGUAUUAUUCAGAAUGCUGUAGCUUAGCAACUCUGGUAAUAAUGAUGUGAUUAUGCUUAUGCAGAUCAGAAACUUGUCUUACUUUCAGUAUUUACUGCAUAAUACUUAAGUGCCACUAAAUGUAGCAACUCUUGUGCUGCGUGCAAAAUAUGCUGCAGUUGUUGCACUGUUACAGAACCAGCAUUUUAUUUUACUUUCCUGUUCUUGAAGGGAUAAAAUAUAUUUUUUUGACUUUACAUCUUAUUCUUUUAAUUAUGUAAGCAACUUAGAUACUUGUGAAUUGGUCUGGUUGUUGGUCUUUGAGGGCAGCUAGCGGUAUGGCCGAGUGAACUGUUGAGUUACAUAAAUGUAACUUCUGGCUUUUUUAUUAGGUACUAAUUAUGCCCACCUUAGUCUAUUUUUAACCACUUCUGGGCUUAAGUUUUUAAUGCAUACAGAGUUGAUUUUAUACUAUCUUCCUUUUUAUCUUAAAAAUGUAGCAGAUGAUAAAAUGUAUACUUUGAAGAAUGAACCCACAUGAUCCAAAAAGAACAUUUCGUGAGCAGACAAUAUGUCUGUAACAGUACCAGCUCUAAGUUGCUGGCUGCUUGUUGGGAAGAGUGUUGGGUGGUCUCUGCUGGGUAGCAGAUGCAUGUCCAUGUUGUAAAUGAAAAUGGGAAUACCUGUAGAGCUUUCAGUCUUAUGAUAAGAUCAACUGGAUGCAGGAUAGACUUGAUGGAAACCAUGUGGUUACUGCAGUGCAGAAAUGCUGCUGGCACUACUAAAGAUUGGAACAGUCUGGAUCUAGCAAUCAGAUACAUUUCACAAGUAUUAAACUUGGUCUUUAUGCCUGUAGGUAUAAACGUGUGUAAAUAAGUUCUGUUGUUGUUAAUUCGUACAUGUGUAGUCAUGUAGCACAUGGACUCAGAACUCUUACUUUGAAUGUAUUUCUUUCCCAGUACAUCCCAUGGAUAAAACAUGGGCAGUUAAAGCAGUUUUGAUGGCUGUUGAGGUACUAUGCCAUACAUAUAUAUACAUACACACACUCAUUUUUGGUCCUUUCCUAGGCAUAGUUGCAGCCAUAAAGUCUGCUUCAACUGUCUCUGUUUUCCUUGUUUUCCUUUUUUUUAAAUCAGCCGUACAGUAUUAAAAUGGUUUGUUUUGUUUUAGUUUUUUUCUUUUCUGGACCAAGAGUCAGGUUGCUGCUUUGCCUAAUGAGGCUUCUAAAUUUUAUUCAUAGCAGAAGAGUUCUUUCCUUACGAUAUUGCAGUUUUAAUCUUUGUAAGAGAAGUCUGUGUAAUUCCAACUCUAACAUUUGGUAAACCUCCUUUGUUCUGUGAGGCCCCCUGUCUGUUCUUAAAAGAAGUAUGUAAAACAAAAAGAGAAAUGGAAGGUGAUUAUCUAACCUGUGUUUACACCAUUAACAGUUUUAGUCCUGAGAGUGUAACAGUCUAACACGAUGUUUGCAUGCAAACUGUUGGCUACUGCAUUGCUCUUUAAUCUGCAUACGAUUUUUCAAUCCGUGGUGGCUGCCUUUAUGGUAGAGGGAUAACAAGCUGCCUCAGGGCUGGUGAUAAAAUUUAUCACACAAAGUAUGACCAGUCUCUGCAUGGUGGUGAGUGACCACAGCUCUUGGUAGCAGGGGCAGCUGAAGGUGCUCGCUGAUCUCCGUCCCAGGUGGAGCUGGUUCUGUGCAAACGCAGAGCUGAAGUGUGCUUUGUGUCCUGGAGCCUGAGGUCUCCCUCCCACCAGGGAGGACAGAAUUUAGGCUGUAGCAUGAUGGUGGCUUUCAUCACCGUGUGGGAGAUGACUUGUCCUUAUUACCAUGGUGUGCUUGCACAGUGGCCUGCAAAAUGAUUCUUUGGAGAGGUAGCUGAAGGUGCAGCUGGGACCUCGGAGUUACAUCCCUGCAUAGGUGCUGAGAGCACUCUCGAUGUUCUUUUGAUACAUGCUGAAAUGAAAUGUCUCAGCAGAAAAUUCUUUCAAAUCUACUGAAAUUUGAUAUGACAGAAGAUAUAUUUUAUGAGCACAGAAGUUGGGUGUGUCUGAAAUUUUGUAAUUUUGCUUAUUUUAAAUAAGCAUUAAACAAGCAAUCAGUUGUGACCAGUGAAGAUAGUGUAAAAUUUUCAGUCAUGGUAGCCAACCUGUUUUUUUGACCCUGCAAUGUUGUCAUUUUCCUUUUGUUAUUUUAUGGACGAAAUGUGAAUUGAAUUUAGUGAUGUAAACACUAUUCUAGGCUGUUUUUAUCAGUUUUAUCAUACUUCUAGUUGUGCAUAAGUAACAAAUAUGAAUAAAAUCUCACUUUUGAGCCUGUGUUUCUUUCGUUAGAUUAGUAAGAUUUUGCUGUUCAUCUUUAUUUUAACUUUACCAAUAACAAAAGUGAAAAUGUAAGGCUUCCAAAUGCUAUCUCUGAUCCCAAGGCAUGAUGUUCCUGGGAUGAAGGAUGGAGUCUACAAAACCAGAUUUCCUUGAGGUACUGCUGCUUCUGGUAAUAUCCAUACUUGUUUCUUUUGCAGCCUUGAUUCAAGCUCCAAGUUCCUGGCUGGUCUAAACAGGUAUGAAUUUCCCUACAGGUAGCUGUUGGGAUUUUUUUUUCCCGUGAAAGGCAUUAAAUGCCAGCUUUGCUUCCAGAAAGAACAAGGCAGAAAAUACAAGUUACAUCAGCAAGUCUUCUUGCCCACGUUUUUCAUAAGAAGUCAUCUUUGUAGCUUAGUGACACCCAGCACAAUACUGCAAAGUACAAACCCAUGUAGACCUACUAGAAAAAUACUUUAAUCUUUUAAUUGUAAUCAGAUUAAAGCCAGGAGAAGCUUUUCAUCCUACUGGGAAGAACUUAUAUAAACCAAUUGUAUAAUAUAGUAGCUUAAUUGUAAAUUAAACAGAUUUGUUUAUGCAUCUU